CAAAGCCGAUUAUAUUAACGUCAUGGAUCACCUUCACGAACUUUUUUUCUCAGUCAAUGAUUUUCCCUAAUUGGGCAAAUAACAAACAAGCGCUCUGCCGAAGCCCGAUGGACGGCACUCUCUAGGCGCGGUGUACCGAAAUACGUACACCAUCCGUCGUCCUUUGCGAAGGGUCCCUUAAGAACCCAACAGGCCCCAGCUCAGUUGAAUCUCUCCGACCGCUACCCGUCCCUCGCUUCUAUUCCUAACACUCGUUCGGCUGUUGAUCAGCUACCACUUUCUUUCACCCAAACGUUACACUCUCUUGCCCGCAGUUUUCGCCGUUAACACUACAUCUUACAACGAUCUACAACAAUGGCUGUUAUGAGCAAGAUUACCUUCGUUAUUACCCUCCUGCUCGCGCUGGCCACGAUCUACACUUCUGCUGCGCCUGUGGCAUCCAGUGUUGCCUCAUCUGCUGUUACGAAGACUACCGCAACUGCCACUUCAUCGAAAGCUGUUCCUUCUAGCUCUGUUAGCCGGUCCUCCGCAUCUGCUUCCGCUUCUGCUUCGGUAUCUGCUGAUCCUUGGUUGACCAUCAACACUCCCGGUUACGGUGGUUCCAUCACGAGCUGCUCCCAGAUCUUGAUUUCCUGGAUUUCUGCCAACCUUCCUUCCGAGAAGACCGAGCUUGACCUUGUUUCCACCACGACCUCGAACGUUUACGUCAUUGACUCUGAGGUUGACUUCUCCAAGUCUGGUUCUUUGAAGUACACUGUUCAGGUUCCUGCGGACAACUACUACUUGUUGGCGUCUCCGGCUGGAUUGAACGGUGUGACUGCCUACUCUGGAUUCUUCAACGUCUCCACUGGCUCCUCCACCUCCUGCCUCGUCUCUGAUUCUACCACUCCCACCAUGAGCAACAUUGUCUCCUCGAACACCACCAGCUCCUCUACUUCUUCCUCUUCCGGAGCUGUCGCCAGUGUCAAGGCUUCCACCAGUGCCGCUCAGAAGGUCAGCGCCAAGGUCGCUCAGCAGGGCAUUGCCGCGUUCGCUGCCAUAAUUUUGGCCAUCGCCCUCAUCUAAUCUUACUAACAUAGCACAGUAAAAAUUCGAGCGAAGAAGGAUGUUGAAAGUUGCAUUGAGUUAUUUUGGGUGAUACACAUAUUUUCUUUCGCCUUCCAUGUUGAUCAUAGAUUGGCGGUCCUAUUUCAGGACAUUUUCUUUAUUUUCAACACAUUU